AUGAUUACUCAAUCACAUGCAAUUAAUUCCAAUUUACCUCCCGUUUCAUAUGCAAAAUCUAUUGAUAUUUGGAUUGGUGGUUGUGUUGUAUUUAUUUUUGCUUCAUUAAUUGAAUAUGCAAUUGUUAAUUAUAUGGGAAUACUUGAAGAACAUAAACAAAUGCGUAAAAUAACAAUGAACAGAACAAGAUUAAGUAAUGUAUUGGGGGAUCAAGUUAUUCCGAAUUUUGAUGAACAGCCAAUUAAAAAUUUAAAUUUUCCCAACGAGAAAAGAAGUUUAUUAAGAAAACAAAGAAAAAUGCAAGUCGAUUUACGUUUUGAAGACCAGGAGGAUGAACAAACAAUGGAAUUAAGUAAUGUAAAUAAUAAUGCUAGUCAAGAACAUAAAGAAUUAUUUCAAAAUGUGGAGCCUGGAUGGACUAUGCAGGAUGUUACCGAUUUAGUUUAUUUAGGUCAAAGAAAAAGAGUUGAGUUAGUUCGUUGGUGUUCCCUUCUAAAUGAACGAGGCCGGGCUGAACGGAUAGAUAUUAUUGCAAGAAUUUUAUUUCCCUUGGCUUUUGCACUUUUUAAUGGUGUUUAUUGGAAAGUUUAUUUAAAUGAUGUUUAUGAUCAACAUGAAAUCAUCUAA